UCUUGAUUUGAGGUAGCUAGAAAUGGAACUGAGCAUUCAAGAAAUGGUUAAGAAGCCAAUUCAUGAGAUCCCAACGCGGUUCAUUGUUGAUCAAGAAGCCGCGGUUCCACACUCGUCUGAGGAAAUUUCUUCCUCAGACGUAGGAAUCCCGGUUCUUGACAUGAAAAGUUUGCUCCGCGAAGAAACAAAAAAAUCACAACUCCAGAAGCUUCACUCAGCAUGCUCAGAGUGGGGCAUAUUUCAGCUAGUGAAUCAUGGAGUGGACACUUCCUUGAUGGAUAAAAUGAAGCUUGAAAUCAAAGAAUUCUACAACCUUCCAUUGGAAGAGAAGUUGAAAUACAAGAUCAAGGAUGGCGAAGUUGAAGGCUACGGUCAAAAGAUAAUUGUUGGUGACGAUGAAAAAGUUGAUUGGUCGGACAGAUUCUACAUGAUCACCAACCCUCUCCAUCUCCGCAAACCUCAUCUCUUCCCCGAGCUCCCUUCAUCAUUUAGGAAAACCUUAGAAGCGUACAUCUCUGAGCUGCAGAAGUUGUCGAAAGCAAUAUUUGCAGUGAUGGCAGAGUCUCUGGAGAUGGAGGAGACAGAGGCGGAGGAGAUGUUCAACGACGGGAUGCAGUCACUGCGGAUGACUUACUACCCGCCGUGCCCCCAGCCGGAGAAGGUGAUGGGGCUGACGCCACACUCGGACGCCAGCGGGAUCACCAUCCUCCUCCAAGUUAACGGCGUCCAAGGCCUCCAGGUCAAGAAGGACGGAGUCUGGUUCCCCGUCCAAUUCUUGCCUGGCGCCCUUGUCGUCAAUAUAGGAGACAUCCUUGAGAUAGUUAGCAAUGGAGUUUAUAAGAGUAUCGAGCACAGGGCAACCGUGAAUUCCGAGAGCGAGAGAAUGGCAAUAGCUAUGUUUUUCAGCUGCAAAUACGAAGCCGAAGUGGGUCCCGCGCCAUCGAUGUUGAUGAAGCGGCCGCCGGUUUUCAGGCGCCAUUCCUUCAUUAUAUGAAGUUAUAAUGCAUUUGUAAUUUUUCAGAUAAUAAUAAU